AGCUGGCAUUUGGCAACGAAAACUUGUUUGCCAGGCAGCAAGGCAAGACGCUUUCUGGUUUAGUUGUGUCGGGUCUCCUUUGGUGUAAAUUCUUUUUUUUAAAUCCCGGUUCAAACAAUUACACCCGAUGCCGGCAGUGAACAAAUAAAUUAAUUUAUACUAGUGUUAAAUAAGCUUGUAUAAGUUAUAAUAACAAGGCAAUUUAAUCGAUAUUUUAAUUCUCACGGUAGCAGAAUUUUUCUUUGCAGAACAAUCCGUAUACUCAGUUGAUCACUCAUGGCAGAAAAACAGGCGUCCUUUUCGCUGCUGCCGAAAAUCAUCAAUGGCGGAAUCGCCGGCAUCAUCGGCGUGACGUGCGUAUUCCCUUUGGAUUUGGUCAAAACCAGACUCCAAAACCAACAGAUUGGUCCCAAGGGCGAAAAAAUGUAUUCGAGCAUGCUAGACGCGUUCAAAAAAAUCCACAAACAGGAAGGCUUUUUCGGUAUGUACAGAGGGUCCGCGGUAAAUAUCCUUCUCAUAACUCCCGAAAAGGCGAUAAAAUUGGCGGCCAACGAUUUUUUCCGAUAUCACUUACAGACGAAAGACAAGACUUUGCCUAUGAUCAGGCAAAUGUUGGCAGGCGGUUUAGCCGGCCUUUGCCAGAUCGUGAUCACCACUCCCAUGGAGCUACUAAAGAUACAACUGCAGGACGCUGGCAGGGUAGCCGCUCAGGCAGCGAUAGGUGGUAAGACCGUACAUAGAACGUCGGCCACGCAAAUUGCUCUCGGUUUGUUUAAACAGCAGGGAAUAUUGGGGCUUUAUAAGGGAACGGGUGCGACUAUGUUGAGAGACGUGUCGUUUUCCGUCAUCUAUUUCCCAUUGUUCGCUACCCUCAACGAUUUGGGCCCUAGAAAGAGUGACGGAUCGGGGGAGGCGGUAUUCUGGUGUUCGUUUUUAUCUGGGUGCGCGGCAGGAUCGCUUGCCGCUCUCUCGGUGAACCCUUUCGAUGUCGUCAAGACACGAUUGCAAGCCCUAAGUAAAGCGGAAGGGGAAAGAUCCUACACCGGAAUCGGUAACGCCUUUAUCAACAUCAUGAGGUACGAAGGCCCCACCGCGUUCUUCAAGGGCGGCGCCUGCAGGAUGAUAGUAAUAGCGCCCUUAUUUGGGAUCGCACAAACUGUAUAUUAUUUGGGGGUGGCGGAACGGCUGUUGGGAAUUAAAAGAGGUUAAGAGUUUUUCUUGCUAUAAUCAUCGUCGGUAUCAAAAGUUCUCCAUGUAGUUGCCGUUUAUUAUAUUCGGUUGCCUCGUCCCCUGAGAUUAUUUACGAUGGCUUAAAUUUUCGUGAUACAAAGUUUAAGUUCGUGCUUCACAAUUUAAACCUCAGUAUUAUUAGCUAGGGCUCUCUUGUAUUUAUAUUUCAACUGUUUAGCUUGGGCGUACAUAUCUACAUGGGUAACGAUGACAAUAAAUCCGCAAAGUUGGCCCGGCGAAAUUGGGUUUGCCGCAACUCGUGGUCAAAGCUUUAAUUUUAUUACGUUUUAAUUUUAUUAAUUUCUGUAAUCGAUUGUUGUCGGGUGUGAAUUAUAUACAGAUUACUGUCAAUUCAUUUUACAAUAACUAAGAAUGUAAUUUAAAAUUGUUGAAGAUAAUAAUGUUGUAUUUUAUGUGGGCGAAGGAUGAUGAAAUAAAGAUGCAAUAAA